AUGGAGUGCAAUGCUUUGCGCACCGAGCUUCACAUCUUUACCGACGCUUCUCAGACUGCAUACGUCGCCUGCGCCUAUGUACGCACUGUAUGUACUAACCAGGUAGUAGUCAAGUUAUUAUUAUCUAAGGCCAAAGUGGCCCCAUUAAAACCAGUGAGCAUACCUAGAUUGGAAUUAUGCGGGGCUUUAUUAGGAGCUCAGUUAUAUGAUAAGGAUUUUUCACCACUCACCCAUCGACACUUCCUGAUCGGCCGUCCUCUCAUUGCGCCAGUCUGCGACGAUGACCUGCGAGACGUUCCUAUCAACCGACUUUCACACUAUCAAAGAGUGGAGCAGCUAAGGCAACAUUUUUGGAGUCGAUGGUCGAAAGAAUACAUUUCCGAACUGCAGAUGAGGAGUAAAUGGAGAGAAACCGUAACCGACCUCAAACCUAACGCUAUGGUUUUGAUUAAAGACAUUAAUCUUCCGCCGUUGAAAUGGCAAUUAGGUCGUGUCAUUCGAACGAUACCCGGCAGCGACGGAGUUUCAAGAGUUGCCGACAUACGCACUUCAACAGGCAUCACGCGACGAGCAUACGCUAAGAUCUGUCCUCUUAACACAGAUGAUGACACUGAGCUGAAGAAGACGUUGUUGGCAGACACUCCUAAAAGUUGCAGAGUUUAG